UGAACGAUGCAGAAAAAAUACACGUUUGUGAGCCCCAGCGAUGACAUGAGUGUGAAGACGGAGAAGGAGAUUUGCAAAAAGAAACCGCGCUAUGUACGAAAAGAGGGCACCUGCAACAUCGUGUUCCGCCACGUCCCCGAGGAGUGGCUGCUGUUCGUGACCGACAUCUUCACCACCCUGGUGGAGAUCCGGUGGCGCGUGAUGUUCCUCAUCUUCGCCCUGUCCUACAUCCUGUCCUGGCUCUUCUUCGGACUCCUCUUCUGGGUCAUAGCGCUGGCUCACGGCGACGUCAGGGAACCCAACAACGACCCCUGCGUGUUCGAGGUCCGCAGCUUCACGGCCGCCUUCCUCUUCUCGCUGGAAACGCAGACCACCAUCGGCUACGGCUUCAGGGGGAUGUCCGAGAACUGCAUGAGCGCCGUCAUCGUCGUCACCAUCCAGGACGUCGUCAGCUGCUUCAUCGACACCUUCGUCAUCGGGAUAGUCGUGGCCAAGAUGGCGUCGGCCAGGAAGAGGGCGCAGACGAUUGGCUUCAGCAGCUCUGCGGUCAUCAACCUCCGCGACGGCUACCUGUGUCUCUCCUGGAGGAUCGGCGACUUCCGUCGGUACCACCUGGUGGAGGGAAAGGCGUGCGCCCAGAUCGCCAGCGCCACCGUUCACGCCACGGGGAAGGUGGACAUGACCUACGAAGACCUGGUGCUGCAGCAGAGCAACAUCACCCUGGUCACGCCGACCACCGUCUACCACCGCAUCGAACCGGGCAGUCCACUGUUCAAGAUGAGCCUGGACGAUCUGCGCAGGGCCGACUUCGAGCUGGUGGUGUCCUUCACCUACACGGACGACUCCACGGGGAUGCUGCACCAGACCCGGACGUCGUACACCCCCGACGAGAUCCUCUGGGGUCAGCUGUUCCAGGAGAUGAUCCGGGUCAGCAGGCGGAACUACAGGGUCGAUUACAGUCUGUUCCACCACACGGCCAAAGUGCUGGUGCCUCUAGUCAGCGCUGAGGACUACGAAGUCAAGAAGCAGCUGCGACUCGCGGCGCGACACUCGCCCAGAUCUUCCCCGAGGCCGUCUCACAGGCCGCUGCCCCAAAUCCGUCCCGGGGACAGUUUGAAACCCCCCAAGGUGGUGGUGGAACUCGUGGCCGACAACCACGUCGGCCCAUCGGUCGCAAUGUCCCGAACGGAGAGUCAACACGACGCCGCUUUGACUCAGAAAGACUAAGAGCUACGA